GCCCUCCCCCUCACGGCCAUAGGCCGCCUCCGAGACGCGCCCAGCUCGGGGCGGGGCUCCCCGGGCCCCCUCUCUUCUCCUCCCCUAUUUCUAUUUCCCCGGGUUGGAGAGGCUGGAGGCGGGAGGCGCCGAGGGGCUGCGAGCGAGGGGCGUCCGGUUACACCUCCGCCUUCCUGAGCCCAGGGCAGCGGGGCGCCACUGGGGCAACAUGCGGGCCGCGUGGACACGGGCGCUGCUGCUGCAGCUGCUACUAGCCGGACUGGGGGGCUGCCUGAGCCGCGGGGGGCUCUUUCCCUUCGGCCCCGGAGCGGGGGACCUGGAGCUGGAGGCCGGCGACGACAGAGUCUCCCCGGCGCUGGAGCUCAGCCACGGGCUCCGAUUCUUCGACAAAUCCGGGAUCUACUCGCUCUAUGUCACCACAAAUGGCAUCAUUACUGUAAGUGAGCCCCCUGCUGAAGAAUCCCACCCUGGACUUUUCCCACCGACCUUUGGAGCCAUAGCUCCAUUCCUGGCAGACUUGGACACCACGGAUGGCAUCGGGAAGGUUUAUUAUCGAGAAGACACGUCCCACUCUGUCACUCAACAGGCAUCGGAUUAUGUCCAGAAAGGUUUUCCAGAAGUCUCUUUCUAUCCUGUUAGCGUUGUGGUUGUCACUUGGGAAUCUGUGGCCCCUUACCAAGGUCCCACCAAGGACCCUUCCCAGGAAGGCCAGAGAAACACAUUCCAGGCUGUUCUGGCCUCCUCUGAUUCCGCCUCUUAUGCCAUUUUCCUUUAUCCUGAAGAUGGUAUACAAUUCUAUACGACAUUUUCCAAGAAAGAGAAGAAACAAGUUCCUGCUGUGGUUGCAUUCAGUCAGGGCUCAGUGGGAAUCCUAUGGACGAGCAAUGGAGCUUUUAAUAUCUUUGCUAAUGACAAAGAAUCAGUCGGAAAUUUGGCCAAGAGCAGCAACUCUGGGCAGCAGGGUGUCUGGGUAUUUGAGAUUGGGAGCCCAGCCACAGCCAGUGGUGUGGUCCCCUCAGACGUGAACCCUGAACUGGACGAUGAAACAGACUACGAAGAUGAAGAUUAUGACUCUGUGACACAUCUGGGCCUGGAGGACGUGAGCACCACGACCUUCUCCUAUGAGGCUCCAAAAAGGGGAGACACUGACACAUACGAGGUGCCCAGUGUCCUCUCCCCACAUCCCCUGGCUACUGAGAGACCCCCUGAGUCCCCCACAGAGAGGACCAGGUCUUUCCAGGUGCCAGUGGAGAGGUUUUCCCAGCAGCACCAACAAGUCAUAGAUGUGGAUGAAGUUGAGGAAACAGGAGUUGUUUUUAGCUACAACACAGAUUCCCGUCAGACGUGUGCCAACAACAGACACCAGUGCUCUGUACAUGCCGAAUGCAGGGAUUACAGCACGGGCUUCUGCUGCAGCUGUGUGGCAGGCUACACAGGGAAUGGUCGACAAUGUGUGGCAGAAGGUUCCCCCCAGCGAGUUAAUGGCAAGGUGAAAGGAAGGAUCUUUGUGGGAAACAGCCAGUUCCCCAUCUCCUUUGAAAACACCGACCUCCAUUCUUAUGUGGUGAUGAACCACGGGCGCUCCUACACAGCCAUCAGCACCAUCCCCGAGACUGUGGGGUACUCUCUGCUUCCCCUGGCCCCCAUUGGAGGCAUCAUUGGCUGGAUGUUUGCAGUGGAGCAGGAUGGCUUUAAAAAUGGCUUCAGCAUCACAGGGGGCGAGUUCACCCGGCAGGCUGAGGUGACUUUCGUGGGGCAUCCGGGCAAGCUGGUCGUUAAGCAGAAGUUCAGUGGCAUCGAUGAGCAUGGACACCUGACCAUUGACACGGAGCUGGAGGGCCGAGUGCCCCAGAUCUCCUUUGGCUCCACCGUGCACAUUGAGCCCUACACGGAGCUCUAUCACUACUCCCGAGGGGUGAUCACGUCCUCUUCCACUCGGGAGUACACUGUGACAGAGCCAGAGAGGGGUGGGACUACCACUUCAGACGUCUACACUUACCAGUGGCGCCAGACCAUCACCUUCCAGGAGUGCACCCACGAUGACUCCUUGUCAGCCCAGCCCAGCACCCAGCAGCUUUCCGUGGACAGUGUGUUUGUGCUGUAUAACCAGGAGGAGAAGAUCCUGCGCUACGCCCUGAGCAACUCCAUCGGUCCUGUGAGGGAUGGCUCUCCAGAUGCCCUUCAGAACCCCUGCUACAUCGGAACUCAUGGCUGUGACACCAAUGCUGCCUGUCGCCCUGGCCCCGGGACCCAGUUCACCUGCGAGUGCUCCAUCGGCUUCCGAGGAGAUGGAAGAACAUGCUAUGACAUUGACGAAUGUUCAGAACAACCCUCAGUCUGUGGGAGCCAUGCAAUCUGCAAUAACCACCCUGGAACCUUCCGCUGCGAAUGUGUGGAAGGCUAUCAGUUUUCAGAGGCAGGAACGUGUGUUGCUGUUGUGGACCAGCGCCCCAUCGAUUACUGCACGACUGGCCUCCAUGACUGUGACAUACCCCAGCGGGCCCAGUGUAUCUACACACAAGGCUCCUCCUACAUGUGUUCCUGUCUGCCCGGUUUCACUGGGGAUGGCCGAGCCUGCCAAGACGUGGAUGAAUGUCAGUCUAACCAAUGUCACCAUGAUGCCAUCUGCUACAAUACUCCAGGCUCUUUCAUGUGCCAGUGCAAACCUGGUUAUCAGGGAGACGGCUUCCGCUGCAUACCUGGAGAGGUGGAGAAAACCCGGUGCCAGCUGGAGCGGGAGCACAUCCUGGGGGCCGCCGGCACUGUCGAUGCUCAGCGCCCCCUGCCCCCUGGACUCUUCGUCCCCGAGUGUGAUAAACACGGCCACUAUGCACCCACCCAGUGCCACGGCAGCACUGGCUACUGCUGGUGUGUGGACCGAGACGGCCGUGAGCUGGAGGGCACCCGGACCAGGCCUGGCAUGAGGCCCCCCUGUCUGAGUACAGUGGCUCCCCCUGUUCACCAUGGACCUUCAGUUCCUACCACCAUCAUCCCCCUGCCCCCGGGGACCCACCUGCUCUUUGCCCAGACUGGAAAGAUCGAACACCUCCCCCUGGCAGGGAGCACCAUGAAGAAGAUGGAGGCCAAGACACUGCUGCACACCCCGGAUAAAGUCAUCAUUGGAUUGGCUUUUGACUGUGUGGACAAGAUGGUCUAUUGGACCGACAUCAGCGAGCCUUCCAUUGGCAGAGCCAGUCUUCAUGGCGGAGAGCCAACCACUAUUAUUCGACAAGAUCUUGGAAGCCCAGAAGGCAUUGCCCUUGAUCAUCUCGGCCGCAACAUCUUCUGGACAGAUUCCCGCCUCAAUCGAAUUGAAGUGGCCAAGUUGGAUGGCUCCCAGCGUCGGGUACUGUUUGACACUGAUUUGGUGAAUCCCAGAGGCAUCGUCACGGAUUCUGUGAGAGGGAAUCUCUAUUGGACAGAUUGGAACAGAGACAGCCCCAAGAUCGAAACUUCCUACAUGGAUGGCACAAACCGGAGGAUUCUAGCGCAGGAUGAGCUGGGCUUGCCCAACGGGCUGACGUUUGAUGCCUACUCCUCUCAGCUCUGCUGGGUGGAUGCAGGCACCCAUCGGGUGGAAUGCCUGAACCCCGGUCAGAGUGGCAGACGCAGGGUUCUUGAAGGACUCCAGUAUCCAUUCGCUGUGACGAGCUACGGGAAGAAUCUGUAUUACACGGACUGGAAGACGAAUUCCGUGGUUGCUGUAGACCUUGCAGUCGCCAAAGAGAUGGACACCUUCCACCCCCACAAGCAGACCCGCCUGUACGGCAUCACCACUGCCCUGUCCCAGUGUCCCCAAGGUCACAACUACUGUUCCGUGAACAAUGGUGGCUGCACCCACCUCUGCUUGGCCACUCCAGGAAGCAGGACAUGUAGCUGCCCUGACAAUACCUUGGGAGUUGACUGUAUAGAGCAGAAAUGAAGAUAAGAAUGCCUUGUUCCCUCUGCAAGUAUAUCACAGCAACACCCUAUUUGAAAGGGUCCAGACUGACUGUCUCAUCUGGUAGCGGUGUGACCACCAGAUCCAGGUUCAACCCAGCCUGAGCCCUGACAAUAUCUCCCUCACUAUUCCCCUCAAAUCUAUGUCCUAGGCUGCUGGAAUGGGAUAGCCCCCCUCCCAAAAAAACAAACAAACAAACAAAAC